AAAAAUAAAAUUGCAUCCUGUAGAAGAUAAUCCUGUUGAGACAGUGUCAGUUCUAAGCCCAGAGGAUCUUGAGGCAAUCAAGGAUCCAGGUUCUAUAACAAAUCAGAUUGCACUUUUGGAAACUCAAUGUCAUGAAAUGAAACCAAAUCUUGGUGCCAUUGCAGAGUAUAAAAAAAAGGAAGAAUUAUAUUUGCAAAGAGUAGCAGAGUUGGACAAAAUUACUUCUGAAAGAGAUAAUUUUAGACAAGCAUAUGAAGAUCUUCGAAAACAAAGACUGAAUGAAUUUAUGGCAGGUUUUUAUGUAAUAACAAAUAAAUUAAAGGAAAACUACCAGAUGCUUACUUUGGGAGGGGAUGCUGAGCUAGAGCUUGUGGAUAGUUUGGAUCCCUUUUCAGAAGGAAUCCGGUUCAGUGUUCGACCACCUAAGAACAGUUGGAAGAAGAUCUUUAACCUUUCAGGAGGAGAGAAAACCCUUAGUUCAUUGGCCUUAGUGUUUGCUCUUCACCACUACAAACCCACUCCCCUCUACUUCAUGGAUGAGAUCGAUGCAGCCCUGGAUUUUAAAAAUGUGUCCAUUGUUGCAUUUUACAUAUAUGAACAAACAAAAAAUGCCCAGUUCAUAAUAAUUUCUCUUCGGAAUAAUAUGUUUGAGAUCUCAGAUAGACUUAUUGGAAUUUAUAAAACAUACAAUAUUACAAAAAGUGUAGCUGUGAACCCAAAAGAAAUUGCAUCUAAAGGACUUGGCUGAACUUGUAUAUAUUGAAGAUUCUUCAAAUUUACCUAGAUUUAGUAUUUCUAGGUUUCUAACUGUAAAGAAUUGUAAGGUGUAUAAAGUACCUUUUCCUUUAAGUUGUAUGACAAGUGGUUUCUGUUUUAUUAGUGAUAAUGUCUAAAAAAUUGUAUCCAGUUCUGUAUCAUAAAAAUGAGUCUAGCUGAA